AGAUUUUAUUUUUAAGUCUAGGAUAUAAUUUAUAAAAGGAGACAAGCAUGUUGAGAAAAGCUUGCAUCCUACAGACACACUCAUAAGAAAACCAGAAAUAGCUGUAGUUUCCUGUCGUGUACACUCGGUCACAAAUCCGUCAGGUCAUGUGCGCAGCGACCCUUAUUAACUGGUCUUCCUUCCUUACAAAGAAUAAGGCAAACCUGUAUUGUAACAGCACGCAGAAUAGGUGCCGAGGCGGCGACAGCAGCAGCAGAAACGUCCUUGGCGGGUGGUACCGGAUGACAGAGAAAAGCCGGAAGCCGCCAGUUCAAUGCCGGGUGUUCCCCAUCCCCUUUCACAAAGCCCGGGGUUGCUGGCAGUCGCAGAGCCUGCUACGACAAAGAAGGCGCACAAGCUCUCCCUUUCUUUCUUUUUCAUGAAUGAACGCGAGCACAAGCGUCGGGGCAUCGUUUACAUUUCUCUCAUUGUGACGUCGGCGGCGGGCUUCGUUGCGUUCCAUUAUCAGCGAGAGAAAGCAAGUAUUCAAUGGGGCCCGACGGCGGGGCGAGGGAAAGCCGAGACGGGAGGGCGGGGCGAGAUAGUAAAAGGGAUCCUCCUACGCACUGCGGAGGGCGCCCGGGUAGCACUACCACCGGCAGUAGCAGUUCCAUUAUUAAUCCCUGUGCUGGAGCCGCCGGUGUUGCGCGUAAGCGGAAUGUACUAAGGCCGUGGCCGUUACCGGGGCAGGAGAAGGCAACCUGCGUGGCGGCGGCGGCGGCCAUGGUGGAGCUCCGAGAAAUGGACUGCAGCGUGCUCCAGCGCCUCAUGUACCGGGGCGACUGUAACAGCGGCGGCGGCUACAACCAGGGCGGCUCGGCCUCCACUGCUCCCACCGGCCACGCGGGAGGAAAGUGCCUCCUCCUGGACUGCAGGCCCUUCCUAGCUCACAGCGCCGGCUACAUCCGCGGCGCGCUCAACGUGCGCUGCAACACCAUCGUCCGCCGGCGGGCCAAAGGCUCCGUCAGCCUGGAGCAGAUCUUGCCGGCCGAGGACGAGGUACGCUCCCGCCUCCGCUCGGGUCUCUACUCGGCCGUCGUCGUGUACGACGAGCGGAGCCUGCGGGCCGAGUCUCUGCGAGAGGACAGCACCGUGUCGCUGGUGGUGCGGGCGCUGCGCAGGGACACGGAGCACACCGACAUCUGCCUGCUGAAAGGUGGCUAUGAAAGAUUUCACUCGGAAUAUCCGGAAUUCUGUGCAAAGACAAAGUCUCCUACUAUUGCAUCAACUCUAGCCACUGCAGAGUAUCUCGAGCAUAGCUGCAGCUCCUGUGGCACACCGCAACAUGAUCAGGGUGGCCCAGUGGAAAUUCUUCCGUUCUUGUUCCUUGGCAGCGCGCAUCACGCUGGUCGGAGAGAGAUGCUGGACACAUUGGGAAUCACAGCCUUAUUGAAUGUUUCAUCGGACUGCCCAAACCACUUUGAAGGACAUUUUCAAUACAAAUGCAUUCCCGUGGAAGACAACCACAAAACGGACAUCAGCUCCUGGUUCAUGGAAGCGAUUGAAUACAUAGACUCCGUGAAGGCCUGCCAUGGCCGUGUCCUUGUGCACUGCCAAGCUGGCAUCUCCCGAUCGGCUACCAUCUGUUUGGCUUACCUGAUUAUGAAGAAGCGAGUGAAGCUUGAGGAAGCCUUUGAGUUCGUCAAGCAACGCCGGAGCAUCAUCUCUCCCAACUUCAGCUUCAUGGGACAGCUGCUUCAGUUUGAGUCCCAGGUGCUGGCGACAUCGUGUGCUGCUGAGGCUGCCAGCCCUUCGGGAACGCUGAGGGAAAGGGGGAAGAGCUCCUCCACACCCACAUCCCCAUUUGUCUUCAGUUUCCCAGUCUCUGUGGCUGUACAUUCCACUCCUGGCAGCCUUCCUUACCUGCAUAGCCCCAUCACCACCUCUCCCUCUUGCUAGAGUUAGGCCUCUGUGGGUUGCAUCCUGAAAUGACAAAGAACAGAAGCUGGCAACCCCACUGGCCACCAGUAAUGGCAAUAAAGUACUCUGCCCACCCAGCAGCCAAUCAGCAUCCAUCCAAAGACAGAGCAACUACCGAGCAGCCAAUCAGAAUCCAUCCAAAGACAGAGCAAUAAUGGUUGACAUUGCAGUUGGAAUGGAACCUGGGGGUGGGUAGGGAGGACGUUCCAGCAUGUCCUUUCUUGGCAAGAUGUCUUACCUCAUUUUUUAAUAUAUAUAAUAUAUAUAUAUAUAUAUAUAUAUAUAAAAGCUUGAAAUUGUGAUGUGUUAGUGUGUGGGGUGGCAGGGGAAGAGAAAGACACACAGCUUGAUGCAGAAGGACAGAUUUGUGUACAUUGCCCAUGUUGCUGCACAUCUGGGUGUAUUUCCUUGCCCAGGUGCUUCAUGAUGCUCUCAUGAUGCCUGCUAGAGUGUGCAUGCAGGAUUUGAGGCUAUGGUUUCCAGAGUGACUGGAUUUUGAUUUCUAGAUGGGUUAUAUGACAAAUUACAAAUUGCUGCUAUAGUUUUUUGGUUUUUUUACAAGUCUGGGUUCAUUUUGUAGGAAUGGAAAGGAGUGGGUGUUAUCUUGUGAAGCAGUUCUUAGAUUCCGUAAAGGCAACUGUGGAAAAAGCUCUGACUAAAAAUAAUCAAAUAAAAAAUGGUUUCUAUUUUCA